CCCAAGCUUCCUAAGGGCUCUGGAUAUCACGUUUACCUUGAUAAUCUCUUUGUUUCUACUCGCUUUGUCCAAUAUGCUCGCUCCCAGGGAGUUGCGAUUACUGGGACUUGCAGGACAACUGGUGGGGUUAUUAAGGAGCUUCUUGACCUCCAGAAAUCUGACAAAAAGGACGUAAUACCCUGGGGUGAAACGUAUUCCAGGUAUACGCCUAAUGGAGAAGUGUGUCACGUUGGGUGGAAAGAUCAAGCCUUUGUUUUAAUGAUGUCUUCCUUUAUGUCAGGUGACGAGCGUGUUUUACGGCUAAGGAAGAGGCCUAAGGAGACUUCUUCUAAAGCGAAGACUGCACGAAUACCCUUUGGUAAUCAGGCUACAAAGAUACUCUCGAUUCCUGUAAUUGCGGAUGGAUAUAACUAUCAUAUGGGAGCAGUUGACGAGUUUGAUCACCUGACUGCCCAGAACGCUGGUUUACGGCACGUGGAGCGGGGAGGGCACCAAGCACUAGAGCACUGGCUACUUCGUACGGUUCUGAUCAAUUGCUAUUUACUAGCUUUAUGUAGCGAUGUCCCUGAACCUAGGGAAAUAAGCUUCAGAAGCCAGCAGGAUUUCAGGAGACAGCUAGUCAGUGCUUUAUUAGCUAAA